AAGAAAGAAAGAGCGCGCGUGUGAUGUGUUUGUGUAUCCUCAGUGUUUUUCUCUCUUGCGUGUUUCAUUGAGUGUAAACAGAGUCUUGUCUCUGUGUAUUUAAGUGUUGAGACGAUGCAGGACACUACAGUGUGUGACAGUAAACAGAGCUUACAGGAGGAUCAAACCUCCACAGAGUCUCUGGAUUCUGUCUGUAACGCUGGAGAACAGCAGCAGAUCCUGCAGACCAAACUGAAGAUGUGUUCAGUUAAACUCAUCGACUGCACGAACCUCAUGAUGAAGAUUAAAACUGAACCCACAGAAAUCAAAACUGAACCGACAGAAAUAAAAACUGAACCCAUAGAAAUAAAAACUGAACCCACAGAAAUCAAAACUGAACCCACAGAAGAGGAAGAUUGCACUGAUGAAGAUGAUGAUUUUAUUCCAUCAGAUGUGAAGAGUGAUUCAUGUUUGGAUAUAGAAAUAACGUCCUCACAAUCAAAAGAGCGACUGACAGCACAAACUCUUUCCUGCAUCACCUGUGAAAAGACAUUCAGCUCACAGAGACAUUUAGAGAGACAUGAGAGAAAACACACAGAACAGAAACUUUUCACCAGAUCUGAGAUCAGCUUUACUACCUUACAAGAGAAGAAACUUUAUUCAGAAGACCACAGAGAGAAGAAGAAGUUUCACUGUGAGCAGUGUGGGAGGAUUUGUGCCUCUUCCUCUAAACUAAAUGUUCACAUGAGGACACACAGUGAUGAAAAGCCUUUCAACUGCACUGAAUGUGGAAAAUACUUCAAAACCAAACCAAAUCUUAAAGUUCAUCAGAGACUUCAUACAGGAGAAAAACCUUACGAGUGUCUUCACUGUGAGAAAAGAUUUAGCCGUGAACGUGUUCUGAAGACACAUGUGCUUUCACACACCAAUGAGAAACCGUAUCAGUGCAAUGAAUGUGGAAAAACCUUUAGGGAUUCAGGUUUGUUAAAAAAACACCAGGAUAUUCACUUUAAAGAGAAACUCUAUCGGUGUUCACACUGUGAUAAAGGCUUCUGUUAUAAAUAUCAGCUGAUAAUCCAUCAGAGAAUUCACACUGGAGAGAAACCUUACGUCUGCGCUCAUUGUGGAAAGAGCUUCAUUAAUUCAUCUCAAUUAGGAGUUCAUCAGAGAGUUCAUACUGGAGAGAAACCUCAUCACUGUAGUGUCUGUGGGAAGAGUUUUAGUCUAAAGCAGAACUUACUAAAGCACAAGAGAAUUCAUACAGGUGAAAAACCUUUCAAAUGCUCUCAGUGUGACAAGACGUUUACUUGUUUAAGUACCUUAAAAGUCCAUCAAAGAGUUCAUACUGGAGAGAAACCUUAUCACUGUAGUGUCUGUGGGAAGAGUUUUAGUCAACAGUCACACUUACAAACUCACAAGAGACUUCAUACAGGUGAAAAACCUUACAAAUGCUCUCAGUGUGACGAGACGUUUGCUCAGUCAGUUUCCUUAAGAUGUCACCAGAAAGUUCACACUGGAGAGAAACCUCAUCAUUGCAAUGUUUUUGGGAAGAGUUAAUCAAAAGUCAAACUUUGUAAAGCAUCAGUGACCUUAAUAAAGUUAUGACAUCAAAAA